AUGAUCGAGACCGCAAGCUCAUCGGCACCACGUCGGGUGACCAGCAGGCGCACCUGUCAGAUAUGUCGGCAGAGAAAGAGCCGCUGCGAGUUGCCCGACGCAGCGCUGGAUAUGCCCCCGGGCUUGCUCUCUCGAGAGCUUGCCUGUCAUCGCUGUCAGAUCCUCUCACUCUCGUGUGACUUGGCGCCAGAGUCGACGAGGAAGCGGCGCAGGCUCGAUGCUGAGCCAGAAGACGUCACGCCAGCCAAAGCCAGUAAAGUGCGUGAGACGCUGGCUAUCAGCAGGCCGACACGAGGCAGCGAGUCCGGGUCUGUACAGCUGCGGCAAGAUGACGAUCAUGGCCCGCUCGAUUCCAUCCAGUCUGGCGACCUGCUUGUCACCUUUGACCCACAAUUUCCAGGGCCAGGCGCUAAUAUGACACACGAGGCACGCAUGAUGUCUUCCACUGGCGCCCAUUUCUCAAACGCGCAGCCUCAUCAAGUCAGAUUCCAUGGUCGUUCCUGUGAAGCUGCGAGUGCUCUCCUCCGCACAGCUUAUCGUCGUCGCGCCGCCGAGCAGGACGAGUGCAAUCUCUCCAAACUGCUCGACGCGCCCCUCAUUGAGCGCUUGCGGCCGGCUUACAGCCAGCUCAAUACAUUUGUGCCUUAUCUGCCGCCACUACCAUCUCUGAUCGAACGCUACCAAUCCGAUCCCAGCCUCUCACAAACACUUUUGACGUCUGUCACUGUCUACCUUUGCGCACUGACAUUGUCAGAUGACGCAGAGUCGCUUCUGCCGCGCCAGCGGCUUGCCGGGAAAGUUUGCGAGCUCAGAGACGCCGUCCUCGCCCAAUUACCGAAAUCACUCCAUGCUGUCCAGGCACUUGAUCUGCUGAGCCUCUUUGCUCCUUUUGGUUGCCUGCCAGGCACGGCUGCGCCCCCAGGAUCGCUCGGGUUCGCCCGAGGAUUCAGUAUCACGGCUCAGUCCCUCGGUACGGCCAUAGAACUGUCUGAAAAGGCGCACGCUGUCUUUGCUCGUGACGUGACAGAAGCAUGGGCUUCGGAUGAGCUCUGGACAUGGCUAUCCGUCUGUGCCGGUCAGGCGACGGUUACGCUCGAAGAUAAUGAUUUUCCGGCCGGUCCUUCGACACUCAAUACUGCAAGCAGCCUUGCAUCUACUCUUUUGCUUUACGGGCAGCAAACGCUUCGGCACGAGCCAGCUGAUGCCCACACGGACGAUCAGACGAUGGCUAAGCUAGCUCUCUGCGAAAGACUGGCACGCCUCACCGAAGUGCACGGCUCGAUCGGUCAGAUCUAUAAUGCCUUGGUCGCUGCUGUCGACGAUGAAGGCGCUGAUCCGACAGUGGCCAUCACAACCAUCUUGAGGGAUGCCACAACUCGAUUCGAAGAGCUAGAUGAGCGGCAUGGAUCCUCUCUGGACUUUACGCGGGUAGAACGAUCUGCUCGCUCUUUUGCCGGCUGGCGAGCGCAUCGUCGCAUUCGGCAACUGGCUGACAUUGGCCGAGUACAACGCGUCGGCGUAAUCAGCCUCGUCGGAACUGCGUUCCUGCCGGAUCACGGUCCCCUCUUGACGCAGGAUGACAAGUCGACCUUUCUGUUGGUGGGGCAAGUCAGUCGGAAAGACAAGAUUGCCUAUGCACUCGGACGGGCGUCCAACCCACGUGAGGUCAUCAAUUUCUUCUGGCGAGAUCCGCAGCUGCCUGCCGCGGACGCAGUGAGCGAACUGGCGAACCGUCGCGCGGCAGAUCUGGAGGACCUCCUUGUCGAAUUUGCCGCUCUGGCACCGUCGGAGCGUGCGGACGGAAGUACAGUGCUCGUACCGGCGCAUCACCUCACUGCCAUUGCCUUGGACGGAUCCGGCGUUCUCAUGGAGCUUGGGGCUGCCAACAUUGCUAUUACGAGAUCGCUCAGACGGGCACGGCAAGACUUCCGAUCGGCUCAGCGUGUCCUGAUGAUGCGCACUGUGUCGAUCACCAUGCGAUCUCUUGAAGCCAAUUCCGCUGCAUCUGCAGUGAGAAGGGAUACUGUGACAGCGCUGGCAGGUGUGCUCGUUGGAUCGAUGGCCAGAGUCUCAGAGGAACGCGUGCGGUCUCUCGAGCGAGAGCAACGCGAUGCGCGCAUUCAUGAUAACUUGGCGACAACAUCUGUGACGACACCACCGCCAACCUCUGCGCCAUCGCCUCAAGCUGCCAUGGUCGAGCCCAUAGACACUUCUUCGCUGCCAGCAGGCUCGUUCGAUUCCUUGCUACCGUCCAUGCCUGUCUUCGACAAAUCGCCGUCUGCCGACCACGCUUCGGUGGAUCAGCUCAUGAACGAUACAUUAUACCCGCUUCUGGACAUAGGCGCCUUCAACUUUGAUCAGCCGGGCUCCGGCAGCGUCGAGCCUUGGUUGUUCAGCUUCGCGCCUGACCUGUGA